AUGGCCUUUGCUUCGGCGGACCCAAUCUUCGAAGAUAGCGACGAUCAACGAGCUUUCCGCGUAUGUAAGAUGGAGACGGCCUGUCGCUUCGAUAAAGACCACUUCGAUAACGGCGCCUCAUGCCAAGGGACCCAUUGCGAAGACCCCAAGCAGAAAGAACACUUUGAGGAUAUCCCAACCAACACGCGUCCCGAGCUGCACAACAUCAGUGCAGCAAUGCGCCGGGCUGUGUCCCAGGGAUAUCUGUUUCCGUAUCGAGGAUACUGGCCCAGCGAACCCGAGAUAUAUGAUCCGAUUCUAGUCGCGCAAGGCAUGGAAUACGUGGUGCCUGUGUCGUACAGAAACAACGAGAGGCCGCAGGGUGACGGCAGCCCUGAUUUGUUCCAGCCAUCUUACGAAAGCUGCGUCCAUCGCCACCUCGCCCAGCCCAACCUUCAAGUCCUGAAAACUAUUGCCAACCCGGCUUUUCCUCAGAAUACACACGUAACGGUAAUCCCGUUCCUCAAACCGAGCUUAGAUGACGCAUCGCGGUUUGAUAGGAUCUGGAAAGGGGUUUUCUUCAGUGCCGUCAUGGCCAUGGGAGGCCCGGACGCCUGGGAAGCUUGGUGGCUUAGCUCUGGCCAGGCGGACGAGACCGACCAGGACCCUGACGCUGUCGAUGCGGAAAGCGAGCGCUAUCUACGGAACGAUAUUUCCCUGAUCGCGACAAGGUUGUUGGCAGACGACUCAGGAUUGUCUGACGCGCGGGCGUGGGCUGUUGCGGAAAUCUUGCUGCACGUCUGGCAGGUGAGCCCCAUCGAGCGGGGCAAGCAUGUCGGCCCUGCGCUGCUCGGCCUGGUCGAGAAACUCCUCGAAACUGUCAGGAAGGCAAUGAAGGACAGGCUGUACAGCUUUGCCGGAGAAAUGCUGGCCACGGACGAUGCCUUGCGGUACACGCAGUAUUACUUCAAGCGCAACCGGGAGUUGUGGCUGCACGACGAGCACACCCGACAACAGGCCAUCGAGAACACGGUCGAGCCGCUCACCAAGCCCGAAAUAGACGCCCUCUGCGCGGCCGACCCGGACGCCCGGGACUGCGUGGCCUGCGGCGAGGAGAUGGCCUAUCCGCCGGACGCGCACGCCGCCAUGCGCCUCAAGUGCGGCGCUGGCCACACGAUCGGCAUGAAAUGCUGGACAAAGGCUCUACGUCGCAAGAAGGGGGUCUUCAUGGACGGGAUCAAAUGCCAUUCCUGCGCGGACAAGAUACUGGGGCCCUGGAAGAUGCCGGUGAACCUGCGCGUGGUGGAUGCUUACGACGUGGCGACUAUGCCUCCGUUGCAUUUGCGCGUGCCAGACGUAAUCGAACUUUAA